UCUCCUCGGCUCCUGAGCUCCCCGGUUCCCUGCCUGCCGCGCCUGUCCCGGAGCACCCGCCGGAGAGAAGAGUGACUCACUGAACCUGUGAAAUGGCAGUGAUGGGAAUUACGUGCCAAGGAGCUCCUGAUCCAGCCGUCAAGCACAAGAAGGAGCUCACAGCUACCAAGGGGCUGAACGAGACAGUGAGUGAGAAGCAGAGCAGUGUUUGCAAAGUAGAAGAUUCAAAGAAGGUCAUCUUUCACAGUCAGUGGAAAAUCCUGAAUGAUGUAAUCACCAAAGGAACAGCAAAAGAAGAAACAGAAGGAGGCUGUGCAUCAAUUUCUAUUAUUGCCCAAGCAGAAUGUGAAAACAGUCAGGAAUUCAGCCCCACUUUAUCAGAGAGAUCCUUUAUUGCUCAUAGUAAGCGUUACAGCCGGUCAGACAGUCUUGAUCAAAUCCCUAACAAUGUGGCCCAUGCAACGGAGGGGAAGAUGGCACCUACCUGUUGGAAAGGGAGGCAUCGUGGUAAGACGAAAAAGAAACGUCACAAGAAAAGAUCCAAGCUGAAAAUACAAACAGUGGCUGCUGGCAGACGAGGUCCCAGAACUCCGGAACAAGAGAGCUGCACCCCAAUUCCCGUCCAGGAGGAUGAAUCACACCAAAAUAUUCUUUACAGAAACAAUUUUUGGGCUUCAGAAUUUAACAAGGACUUGGUCUAUGAUCCGCUGCCGUUUGAGAAACCUGAGAAAGUUCUGUCCAUGGGCAAACUCCAUUCACCAAGGAGCCAAUACAAAACAGAACUGCACAAGUUGAUAAGCCCUAUUCAGUGCCUUAAUCAUGUUUGGAAACGGCACUAUCAGAGGGACAGUGUUCCACAGCCUGAAACUCUCCAUCCUUUUCCCUACAACAUAGUACCCCCUCAUUUCCCACAUCUGGACAGUCCUCUCCAUGCCAUGAAACGUAAUGCUCUGGAGAUGUACUUCCAUGGUGAUCUCAACUAUCAAGACAGUGAGCAUCGCUUAUCUGGCCUAAACUUAGAAUAUAGUUUCCCCAAAUGUGUCAACCAGUCCGUGAAGACCAGUUCGGACAAGAUUUCUGUGGAAGAAUACUUGGUAGAUGCCUUGAAGGGGAGCGUGAGUCUCGGUGAACCACAAAAUUUAGCCAGCCUAGCCAAGACAUGGAGAGGAGGUGGUCUGGACCCGAAGGAACAGUUUCAUGAAGCAGAUGAAAAUGAAGGCGUGCUACUUAAUGAGAAACUAAAGCCGGUGGAUUAUGAGUACCGAGAAGAGGUUCAUUGGACCAAGUGUCACGGUUCUUUGGGCAUUGGCUCUUUUGGAGAAGUAUACAAAAUAGAGGACAAACAGACGGGAUUUCAGUGUGCUGCCAAAAAGGUACAAGUUGAACACUUCCGUGCAGAGGAGUUAACAACGUGUGCUGCAAUAACAAGUCCUAAAGUUGUCCCCUUGUACGGAGCUGUGAAGGAAGGACCUUGGGUGACCAUCUUCAUGAAGCUGAUGGAGGGUGGCUCACUAGGUCAGCUAAUUAAACAGAGUGGCUGCCUGCCAGAGGACAGAGCCCUCAGUUAUUUGGGCCAGGCAUUAGAGGGCUUGGAGUAUCUUCAUGCUCAAAACAUUCUCCAUGGAGAUGUAAAAGCGGAAAAUGUGCUCUUGUCUGAUGAUGGAAGCAGGGCUCUUCUGUGUGACUUUGGUCACUCUGCUCACCUUCAUCCAGAUGGCCUGGGAAAGUGCUUGGUCACAGGGAAUUAUGUGCCUGGCACGGAGACUCAUAUGGCUCCGGAGGUGGUCAUGGGAAAACGCUGUGACUCCAAAGUGGAUGUCUGGAGCAGUUGCUGUAUGAUGCUGCAUAUGCUUAAUGGGUGCCACCCUUGGACCCAGUAUUACAAUCACCCGCUCUGUCUAAAGAUAGCUAAAGAGCCACCUCCUCUCAGGGAAAUUCCACCUUCCUGCAACCCUCUCACGGCUGAGAUUAUUAAAAUGGGUCUGGAGAAAGAGCCUGUUCAGAGAGCAUCUGCGUCUGAACUGAAAACUAAGACCAGUGUCGCACUUGAAGAAGUGGGAGGUGUGACAAGCCCCUGGAAAGGCGAAUACAGAGAGCCUAGACAUUUAUCUUUGAACAAAGAAAACAAUCCACAGACGUCCCUGUCCCCCACAGUGAGCCCAGUUUCUGAGACUGGUUCUGAUCCAAAAUUGGCAGUCAAAGUUUCUUGUGCGAGCCCAGUCCUACCACCACCAUCUCUGGAGCAAACAGAGGAGGUCGAGGGAACCCCUUGGAAUGGGUGCAAGGAGUUAUCUGAGACCUGGGAUCCUCCACCUCUCUCCUCAACUCCUCUCCCCCUGAAGAGCUGCAGCCAUGUGGAGAGAGCAACAACCAUUUCAGAGCAAGAGCUUCAGCAGCUGGAAAUAGAACUGUUUUUGAACAGCCUUUCACAGCCUUACUCGCUGGAAGAGCAAGAACAAAUGCUUUCGUGUCUCAGCAUUGACAGCCCAUUUGUGUCAGAUGCCAGUGAGAAGAACUCCAUGAAGGCUUCUCAUAGCUUGAGGGACACUAUGAGCUCUGGGAUUCAUUCCUGGAACAGCCAGGCGGAUGGACAGAGCUUCAGUUGGAACAACCUGCUGAACCGCAGUCGGCACACAGACACUCCCAGCUAUUUCAACGGAGUGAAAAUCCAGAUCCAGUUGCUAAGUGGAGAAAAUUUACACAUCAGGGAUUUCCACAGGACAAAGGUGGGAGACAUUGCCACUGGGAUAAGCAGCCAGAUACCAGUCCCUGCUUUCAGUCUGGUUACUAAAGAAGGCCAGCCAGUUCACUACGACAUGGAGGUGCCCGACUCUGGGAUUGAGCUGCAGUGCACCCUUGCCCCGGACUGCAGCGUCAGCUGGACAUGGCGAGUCAAACACGGUCAACUGGAGAACAGGCCGUGAAGCCGUUGCUGUUUUGGCGGUUUUUACCUUGUUGAAAGAAGGAAUUGCAAAAGCUUCCAACCACCCCUGCCAUGGAGCACCAAGUGCAGUUGCUGGUGUUUUGUGCUGAAGUAGGAUAGCGGUUCAGCAGCUCACUGCUCUUGGGCCUCACUUCUGUUGUCUGUUCUGAUCCAGUUCCAAGACAUGUCCUGAGCUUAGAUGUUCCCCAGAACAGUGGGAAUUACUUGUUUUGGGUGUGAGUGUUAGGUUGAGCUUGAGAAUGGUGGGUGGAAAUUCCUGCUUUUCAGAGGAAUGCGAUUGUGCUUUUCAGGAGAAUAGGGGGAUUGUAUGAGAGCUCCGGUUGCUCGGCCUCCAAGGUGAAGCCGGUAGUUGCUGGGCUUGCCCGAAGGAGGAGGAUGGGUAUCUUCAGUGCAGCUGUGGUUGUUUGUGCCGAGGGGAGCUGGCUAACUUCCUUCUAGCUGGAGGAAAAACUUAACGUUUCUGUAGGCUUUGGGUAGCAUCAUCUCUACCUCAAGCCUUUUGCAUGGGGAAAAUCGACAGCAGUAACUAGCUGGGUUCUUGGUUUCACCUCCCACCCUUCCCCGCAGACGCUUCCUUCUUGAAUCAGAAAAGAACUUUGUUCCCAGAAAGAGCUUUGCUUGCAGCUCUCAUCUUCAGGUCUCCUCCCCGACUUAGGAGCUGGUGCUCUCUCUCUGGUGUUGCUGCCAACGUUGUCUGGCAGGUAGGGCAGGAGGAGGGUAUGGUAUUCCUUGGUGGGCAGAGUGGAGGGGUUGUGUUCCUCCAUCCUGUUGCCACCGCUGACUUGGGACUUCACGUGAACUGUCCCGUCCAGGCAGCUCCCCCUGGAGGGGGACGGGACAGCGGCUCAG